CUUUGCGUCAACAUUUACUUCAGGGUGAAACUUUUCACGAGCGUCCUCUGGUUUGCUUGCUGUCCAGAAAAGCUGAGAAGAUGCCAAAUUGUCGUGGAAAUUAGACAACACUUGCAGACUUGUCCUCUGAAGUCAGCGCUCCGUCGACUAGCUAGGAGAAGACAUGGCGCGUCUGGUAGCGGUUUGCAGAGACGGAGAAGAGGACUACCGUUUCCUCGCCAGACAAAUUCCCUUAUACAUUGAUGACUCCCUCACGAUGGUGAUGGAGUUUCCUCACACGGUAUUGCACUUUGACAGUCAUCAGACCAACAGUUCACAAAUUAAGCUGUUUAUUGAGCGUCAUGGCAUGCUGAAGCAGCAGGACCUGAGUAUGGCUCUGAUGGUUAUGUCGCGUGAGGUGUUCAGCGCACUGUCCCAGCUGGUGCCUUGUGUGGGCUGCAGACGCAGCGUCGAGCGCCUCUUCGCUCAGCUCACAGACUCUGGUUACUUCGCCCUGGAGCCGCUGACCGUGGGCUCAGCUGGCGUGCUGUCCGUUGCCAGGGCCUGCCUGGCAGACCCCCGCAAACUCUACACACUCUUCUACGUCCACGGGUCAAAGUUGAACGACGUAAUCGAUUCCAUUCCCAAAAGCAAGAAGAACAAACGCUGUCAAUUGCAUUCUUUAGACACACACAAGCCCAAACCCUUGGGAGGGAGCUGGAUGGAUAUAUGGGAGCUGAUGUCUCAGGAGUGCCGGGACGAGGUGGUUCUGAUCGACAGCGCUUGUUUACUGGAGACGCUGGAGACGUACUUGCGUAAACACAGGUUCUGCACAGACUGUAAAAACAAGGUGCUGAGGGCCUACAACAUCCUUGUGGGUGAGUUGGACUGCAGUAAGGAGAAAGGCUACUCCGCUGCACUCUACGAGGGCCUGCGCUGCUGCCCACACGAGCGCCACAUCCACGUCUGCUGCGAGACCGAUUUCAUCGCACACCUGCUGGGCCGCGCCGAGCCAGAGUUCGCUGGGGGAUACGAGCGCAGAGAGAGGCAUGCUAAGACCAUCGACAUAGCACAGGAGGAAGUCUUGACGUGUCUGGGGAUCCACCUGUAUGAGCGGCUACACCGGAUCUGGCAAAAGUUGCGGGCUGAGGAACAGACAUGGCAGAUACUGUUCUACCUCUGUAUCGACGCACUACGCAAAAACUUUGAGAUGGCAGUAGAAAAGGUGCAGGGAAUCAGCCGGCUGGAGCAACUCUGCGAGGAGCUGUCGGAGGAGGAACGAGCGAAAGAGCUUAAGCAGGAAAAGAAGAGGCAGAAACGCAAGAACAGACGCAAAAACAAGUGUGACUUUGACAUGUCUGAGCAAGAGACCAAGCGGUACAAUGAAAAGACUUUAGGAGAGGGUUUAGAGGAUUCAGUGAACACUGGAUGCAAGUCAUGUGGCAACAUUGAGGAACCUGGAGAAGGUGUGGAGUCUAUUGUUCCUAUCGAGAGCUCCUCCUGCAGCUGUCCUGCCACCACCAUUCUGGGCUCGCCCAAAAGCAAAAACGGUUUGCUAUCUCAUAGUCAUGGCAGCGACUGUGGCUAUUCUUCCAGUAUGGAAGGCAGUGAGACGGGUUCCAGGGAAGGCUCAGACGUGGCCUGCACUGAGGGAAUGUGCAACCAUGAUGAAACAGCCGAGUACUCGUGCAGUCACCACUGCUUAGAGGACAAAGAGGAGGACGGCGUGGAUAGCUGUGUGGAGUGUUGGGCAAACUGUGAAGAGCACGCCAAAGGCAAGAACAAGAAGAAAAAAAGGAAGGGCUGGAGCUUGCUAAGUGCAAAUGAGCAUCAUGCUUCCCAGGCAGACGCAUGUCCAUCAGACAGCAGAGGAGAUCCGAGCGGCUUUCUGAGCGGCUCAGAAAACACCCAUGAUCCCUCUGUCUCGUCUACAUACAACUGCCAGAACAAACAGACGACAUGCCCAAAGCCGUGCUGUGGCUCGUCAUUAAGCGCUGGCCUGCAGCUGCCCGGGGCCAAGCGACAGCUAACAAGUUGCUUGGACCAUCAGACUCCAGAUACCUGCACACGGGGGCACUGUACCACCAAAAGUCUUGUGGAGCUGCUGCAGGAUGAGGCAGAAAUGUCAUUGGACGAAGAGAACUGCCUGACACAGGAUGAGAUCCAGUCGUUUGUAGAGGAGAACAAGUCUUUCUACAGCACACGAGACCAAUACAGGCAGCACCUGAAGGACCGAUUCACCAAAUACUGCCACUCCAGUGUGUGCAGAGGAGAUUGGCUACCUACGACCAGUGUCAAAUAAAUAAAAACACCAAGCACACACACGAUUUUUACAGAUGGGAAAAACGCUCACCCCUGCUGGAGAAGGAAAGAAACGAGUAUGAAAAACGAAUAGGAAUUUUUGGGGUUAAAACCGGAAUGAAUUCUUGAGCUGUGUCUUGUUAAAUUUUAUUUGUUGGGAAUAGUUAAAUUGUCACAUCCACUUCUGUCACAUUUUAUCUUUUCAGUCUCUAUAUCCUUUUUUUUAAUUUCUCCUCUCUCUCUUUCUUUUUUUUCACUUUAAAUUCCUCUCUGGUCUCUUCAUUUCUCUCUCUCACUCAGGUGUAGGUUAUUUGCUGGAAUUACUGAUUCUAGUAGUGGGUAUGUAAGAUCAGAAUGGAAGUAAUAAAAUUGCAGGCUGUCACUGUAGUGAUCCUGGUAGUCUUCUAGUCUUAUUGUUUAACAUGACUCUUUAUUUUCCCAGUUCAUCUCACUGACUGAGACACUUCAUUUUAGUGGAAAAUUGUAGUACCAAUAAAUGUGUACAGAAACGAAAUUAUCUGAAUAUAAAGAUUUUACAGAGAGGGGAACAUCCAUUUAUAAGGAGGCUUGGGUGUACUGUUGAGCGCAUUGUGCAAAGUUGACAUAAUAAAGAAUAUUUAUUAAUAUGCA